CCGCGGUGGGCGUGGCUAACCGUGAGCGAUAACGCCUGUGCGCUCCGAUACGUUGCAGUCUGAGGUGCAGCCUGACUCAAGGCGAGAGUAACGGAGCAGAACCGCUGUCCAUCUGGGUCUGGGUCUGGAUCCGGGUGAUGAGAGCCACGAAGAGCAUUGUUUUGACGGCGUCAUCUUGUUUUUCACUGCAUCAUCAAAACCGCUCUCGGUCUCCUUCGCAGCAGAACUGCGGCUCUCUCCAACUAUGGAUUGCUUAAUUGAAGUUGGGCCACCCGAUCCUGUUUGCGCCAGGGCAUCCCCGUGAUAUUUAGCGAAAGGAGAGAAGUCGUUAUGAGCAAGUGUGUAAGCGGAGGAUUUCCUGUGCAGAGGCUGCAAUUUCAUCCUGAGGACAACAUUUUCAUUGUGCGUAACGGACAUCGAUGCGACGGAGCUGUUUGCAACUAAGUGAAAUAAUUGGCGCAAUGUACUAGCAGUUACAGACUGACUCCUUAGUUAGUGUAGAGAGUUUUGUUUGUGAGAGCUUUUAUUUCUCUCUUGUGCGUGCAGACAGAUUACGCACCACUGUUUUAGCUGCUCCGCGGUCGGGAUCUGGAACUGUGAAGCUUUUGAACUUUUCUCUGCAACUAUUUUAUUUUAUAGCUGCACCUAUGGCUUUGCCGGACAGUGGCAUAUCUGGAGAGGAGAUCCCUUUCCCAGAAAUAAUAGAGCUCAAUGUUGGCGGCCAGGUGUACAUAACGCGCUACUCUACCCUCACCAGUGUGCCAGACUCUCUGCUGUGGGAGAUGUUCAGUCAGAAGUCAACCAAAGGGCUGGCCAGGGACACCAAGGGGCGUUUUUUUGUGGACCGCGAUGGUUUCCUGUUCCGCUACAUCUUGGACUACAUGCGGGACCAGCAACUGGUUCUCCCGGACCACUUCCCGGAGCGCGGGCGUCUGCAGAGGGAGGCUGAGUUUUUCAACCUGCCGGAGCUCGUCAAGCUGCUGGCGCCCAAAAUCAGCAAGCAGAACUCGUUGGGGGAUGAGGGGUGUCCGAGCGACCCGGAGGACUCCUCACCCGGGAUCGACUCAGCGCGCAGCCUGGGCUCCCUGGGGGCCGCGGCGGCCGCCUGCGCCAGCCUGGUGCCCAGUGCCAUGGACGGGAAGCGCUCAGGGUUCAUCACCAUCGGCUACAGGGGGUCGUACACUCUCGGCCGCGACAGCCACACCGAUGCCAAGUUCCGCCGGGUGGCACGGAUCAUGGUGUGUGGGAAGACCUCCCUGGCCAAGGAGGUGUUCGGAGAGACCCUAAACGAGAGCCGUGACCCGGACCGCCCCCCAGAACGCUACACCUCCCGCUACUAUCUGAAGUUCACCUUUUUGGAGCAGGCCUUUGACAAGUUGGCAGAUGCAGGCUUUCACAUGGUGGCUUGCAACUCCACAGGAACCUGCGCCUUUGCCCAUGAACAGACGGACGACAAGAUCUGGACCAGCUACACUGAAUAUGUGUUCUACCGUGAGUGAGAUUAUGGCUUUAUUCCUCUGGCCCCCUUCACCCUGUCUCCAAGAGACCACCCCCCUCUCCUCCAGCCUCCAGCCAUCCUGUCUUAUCUCUCUGAUGGCUUUGUUCCAGUAGAUGUACUGUAGAUGUUGUGUCCCCCUCCCAGCCCCAUUUUUCUUUGCGGCCUCCAGCUUUUUUCCUUUGAACACUACCCAGCUGCUGCUCCGACUCUUCAUACCUCCCUCUGCAAGUCCUGUUUGAAGCUUUCCCUUUCACCCCCAAAUCCACCCCAGUCAUCCUCAAGUUGCCCUCUCUUCUGUCGCCCGCCCGUCUAGUUGUAGUUCCCCAAAAACUCAGCCACAGCAAUCCAUCACCCCUCUCUGCUGAGACUGAUGCCUUCUAUGUAUUAUUCUCCUUUGUAUCCUGCAUAUAAAUAUCUACUAAAUUUGCCCUGGUGAAGCACAAUACUGUAUUUUCCUAAAAACAUAGCCAGAGUGUGGCUAUUAAACGCAGUCAUAAAGGUAUAAAGAAAAGGGCUGAAAGAGUUGUAGUAAUGUACUAAGCUACUCUUCCCCUGCUUACUCAAGCAGAUCGGACUCUCUCCAGCUUCUCUGAACUAAAUUACCAAAUAAUUGGACAUCUUAUCAGCCUUGAGGGACACGAGCAGCCCCAGCACAAGAUAGAAGUGUAAUCUAAUUUUCUUCAUUUUUUUUUUUCUUUUUACUUUAUUCUAUUAAAUGUGUCCAGUACCAUGUGCUUUGGGAAUGUGCCAUAGCUAACCUGUGCGGUUGUUGUUUUAAAAUGGAUGAAGUUGCUACAGCAUUGCGGACCUGGGGGGAAAAAAUGCAGCAAACCUGUUUUGAAAGAAGGGAAAAUAGAAAGCUGACAGUGCGUGGAGUUUAUAUUUCAGAAAGAAGCUGGUUAUGUGGCAAAUAUACAAGCACAAAACCUGCAUGGUGAAGCUUAAGCAUCAAAAGAUUUUCUAGUGAGAGAAAAUAAAAAAAGAUUUACUGAUCUAUUGAUAGAGUGGAAAGAAAUGUAUGUUGUUUUGUUUGUCGUUUGCUUUACUUUUAUGUUAAAACAUUAAAAAGGUUUUUUCAUACUACAAGUCAUGUCUUGUGAAAGGCCUGCUUCCUGUUGUAGUCACCAUAGCUGGCCAUGUUUUGAGAAAAAAACAAAAAAAAACAUUAAUAUUAUUCUCAAUAAGCAAUUCAGUAUUUGAAGGUUCUGUGUUGAUAGUGCUCACUUACUGUAAAUGAAUACCUAGUAGAGAGGGUAGGAGUACCCUGUCUGCAUGCAAAGCCAAUUGUCUUCUCAUGACUGAAGCAAAGGUUGCUGUAAAUACAGCUGCUAUAAACGGGGACGUGACAAAAGGAUAGUUCUUCAUUUUUACUGGGGUUCUGUUAAAAUGUCUUAAACAUAUCGCUCAAGGCAGAUUUGUACUGUCUUAAAACAACACAACCUCAGAAAUGUAUUAGCUGUUUAUUCAAACUCUAUUUUAUGAACCUUUAAACAUUGGUUGGUUAUUUACAAAGAAGCCGAUGGUUAUUUACGCUGGAAAAAGAGGUUGGAAGUUGUGCACCAUCAAUGAUCUUCCUGUUUGAAACAUACACAGAACAUUUAGUGUUUUGGAUCGAAAUACAAGUGAAUCAGUGUGAAAAUUAAAAAUAUGACUUUAUGUGAACACUAUUUCCUACACUGUCUUACUCUUCAAGUCAGACUGUCUGACUUGAAGCGUUUUGCAUGUUCCAUUCUCAGUAUGUAGAAGAAAAUUGGCACUUUAUGCACCUCAAUUUCUAGUGUAAUUAGUUUUCUGCUUCUUUAUAAACAGUCACGUGCAGCAAAGGUGAUGCUGGUUUAAAGGUUCAAAAAACAGCUUAUACAUAAACCGUGAAGACAUUUUAAAGACUGGAGUUAUUUUAAGGAGGAAGAAGUCCAUUUUGGACUUGGUCUUCAGAUUAGCCUUUAUCUUUAGCCUUCUGGCCCAGUUCCUCUGGAGUUAUGAUAAAUGAAGACACCAAGAAAGCUAUCUACUUCAGAUAAGGUAAGAUAUUAACUGCUCAUAAGCGUUGAACAGAACCCCACUUUAGAAAUCCUGAAACAUCACUUUAAAGUUUACUACUAGAGUGUUGGGUCUGGCAUCAGGACAGGCCUACUCUAUCAUUUACCUCAGACUAAAACACAUUUAAAGCCAAUAAAGCAUCCAGCUGAUUAUGUGAAAUGCUAGAAGAAGUCUAACUUGUAGAUGGUUUGAUCAAAAGUCAAGCAUUAUUCAGUCUAAGCAAGGUUGUAGUUAAAUGUCUUGGUGACAAAAAGUGUUUUAUGAAAGAUUUUAACAACAUAACAUUGUGUUUCAGUGUGAUACAGUGUUUUGGACACCCUAAAUCAGUGUGUUGAACCUGUUGCAGUAUGUAGGUUACAUUGGGGAUUAGCAGAAGGCAAACUGAUAUAUUAAAUGAAACCCUACUCUCUUCUGGUUCAUUUUCAUUGAAAACAAACAAAACUCUCAGAGUGCUGUUCAUGAGUGAAGAGCGCACCUGCAUCACGAUUACCGUAUAUGUUUUUCAUUUUCAUUAGAAAUGAUUCUCAGUCGUAAAAUAAAGGAAACGAGAUUUCACAAUAAAAUGAUAUAUCAUUAAAUGUUUAGCUCUCUCCCCUCAGGCUUUGUUUUUCAUCUUCCCUUCUGCUAAUCUCUUUUUUUUGCAAUUUUUUUUUAUCAUUUUGUUUUUCUCAGCUUGGUCACAUAUUGAACACUUGAUCAGAAAACAGAGCCAAGACAGAAUUGAGGACAUGCAUAGAUAACAAGCUCUCUUAAAGCAGAUUACAAAACCCUUGUUUUGUUGCCAAUAAUUGACCCAGUUACACCACACAGUCCAAACUGUGAAGUCGACUAGAUUCAAAGUUAAGGACUGGCGAAGGCCUGCGCUGCUUAAGGCUUCCUGCGGAGCAACAGUUUGCCUGUUUCUGCAGACUCAGAACAGAUUUUGUGUUCAGGAGCGCAUUCACAGACAACAAGGCUAUGACAGAUUACGCUUGAAUAACAAUCGGGGGCAUGUUUGUGUCAGUGAAGCACUCAAAUGUCAUUUCAUGAACUCUGACUCAUAUUUGCCUUUUCAUCGAGACCUUAUCGAAUGCCAAUUGCUUCAGUAUAACACCUCUAAACCAAUCUCAGUGUGGCCUAGAUAAAUGCAUCGCUGAUGGGUCCCAUUAAAGUUGUGAAACAUAGAAGUGGCUCCCUUCUGGGAUAACAGAUUAUUUUUCUGAAUGAGGCCAUAUUUUGUCCUCAGAGAAGAGGACAGUAGAGUCUCCCAAACAAAAACAGCCACAGGCAGCAUUCCUCUGGCACUGCUCUCCAGCAUGCUAUGGCAACACCGGGGUACCAGAGUCGGCCAUUAGCACACGCAUGGAAAGACGAGCCUCAUGCGUAAAAUUCCAGGCACCACUGUCUGCCUUUACACCCAAGAAUGGCCUUGAGGUUCAACAUUCAACAGAAGGCGAGUGAGGAGUGUUGGCAGUUAGACGUUAAACAGGAGCAGCAGCGAUGUACACAGGCCACACUGAUGAUAAACUGCGUUUCUCAGAGCUAUUGCAAAACUUAGCUUAAAAGUGAAGCAUACCUUCGUGUGAGAGGCAGGCUCUCUUUGUCUCUAUCCAGAGUGUCUCAAUAAAGGGAUUUUACAAUGA